AUGGCAACCCACGACCCCUCAAUCGCGGUCAAAGACCUCUCCUAUAAAUUCCAAGAUGGAUCCGAAGGCCUGGAACAUGUUCACCUCGACCUGCCCGCAGGAAGUCGAACCCUGCUAAUCGGCGCAAACGGCGCCGGCAAAACCACCCUCCUCCGCCUCCUCUCCGGCAAACGCCUCGCCCCCACAAACACCAUAACAGUCGGCGGCGUCGACCCCUUCAAAGACACCCUCGAAGGCGUAACCUACCUCGGCGUAGAAUGGGUCCUAAACAGCAUCGUCCGCACAGACAUCGACGUGCCCACCCUUCUCGCCUCCGUAGGCGGAAACGCCUGGCCCGCACGCCGCGACGAACUAGUCUCCAUCCUCGACAUAGACCUAUCCUGGCGGAUGCACGCCGUCUCGGACGGUGAACGGCGCCGCGUGCAACUCGCAAUGGGCCUGUUACGACCCUGGACAGUGCUACUCCUCGACGAAAUCACCGUCGACCUGGACCUACUCUCUCGAAGUAACUUUUUGGCCUUUUUGAAGAGGGAGACUGAAUCCAGGCCUUGUACGAUUGUCUACGCGACGCAUAUUUUGGAUAAUCUUGCGCAGUGGCCGACGCAUCUUGUGCAUAUGCAUUUGGGGAAAGUUAGGGCUUGGGGACCGCUGGAAGGGUUUUAUGAUCAGGUUCCGGAUUGGACGUCGGAGAAUAGUCGAUUGGGGGAGUUGGUGCUUAAGUGGUUGAAGGAGGAUUUGAAGGCGAGGGGGCCGAGGAAUCCGACGAAUUCGGAGGCUGGGUCUGGGUCCUCAGGGCAGGCGAAGAGUUAUGGGGCCGCGGAUGGGAUUGGGGGGUAUGGGUUGGAGAAGAGGGGUGAGUAG